UUUGUCUAUUAUUUAGCACAGAGUAAUUCUACAUUACCAUUUACCACAUCUGUUAUCCUCACCACAGUCAAUAGUUUUUGUUAUAAAAACAUCAAAGAUACUGACUAAUCUGAAGUUGACUUUCUGAGAUAAAUGUAUACAGUAGAAGUCAAUGAUAUCAGAUAUGAGAUUAAAUUAUUUCAUUUAUUUUUGGCUAAACAGAGACAACUCUAUUACAAUAUGCAUCACAAUUGGGUUUGAUUUCUAAUAAAAAGAAGGAAAAUAAAAGAAUGAUGACAACAUGUACAUUAUAUGAGCUUGCUUGCUUGCUUAAGCACAAUAUGCAUCAUGUGACUCACCUCAAGUCUUACACACACAAAGAAGUAUUUAUGUAUGCUUGUUUUAUCAAGAACCAGAGAAAGUACAGAAAGUGUAUUGUGUACCUGUCAUUUUUGUAUCUAGAUGCCUUCAGUGAGGGUUUGAUGGUGUUUUGGACCAGCAGCGGAUUGCCAACAUUAUAUUAUAUACUAUAUACUAUUUUAAAAGUCGUGGCUUGUGGCUUCUGGUAUCUAAAUAGAUUAAAUUCGAACCACCCAUCGAUCCUUUUGAAUCCGAAUACGAUUGAAUCCGACCCACCCAUUGAUUCCCUUCUCCUGUAACCAACCAAAUUCCGGUUUCUUCACCAAAAAAUUACGACCGACAAAUCCAGAAAUGCCCAAAUCUACCCUCCAUCUCAUCGUAUCAUUGAUUCUCAUUCUCUUGCAAUCUAUAAACCCUACGUUCUCAUCGUAUCCUUGAUUCUCUUCGUCUUCCUAUCUGUAAACCCUACGUUGAAGAUUUGCAUUUACGGACUCUGUGUCCAAAUACAACCGGUAAGGAUGUUCCUAUAUCUACUGUAUUUCGUCAUUCCAUCUCAGAUUGCACUUUUUUUUUUAUCUUCAUUUCCUUCAACUGGAUCCUCGAAUGCAUUAUUUUAAUAGAAAAAUAAGAUUGUUCAGUGUGAUUUCCCAAAUAGAUUAUACGCAUCUUUUUGAUCUUCAUCUUCUUUCUUCUAGAUAUUACGCAUCCUUUUGAUCUUCAUCUCCCUUUAUCAUGCAUUUUUUGUAUCUUCAUCUUCUUUAGUCUGAAUAUUAAACAUCUUUUUGAUCUUCAUCUCCCGCUAUUUUCCUCAACCAGUAAUAGGAAUAAUCAAAUUUUUGUUCUUUAAUGACUCCCAUAUGAUAUCAAAGUCUUCCAGUGUAUAUGAACAAUUAGCAACUACAACUUUGUAACAAUUCAUCCUUCACUGAUUGCAUUAUAAUAAACAAUAAUAUUACAACAUGUAAUUGGUUGAGGACCCAAUAAGUAAUCAAAGAAGGCAAAAGCAACAAUUCUGCAUGAUGCCACUGUAUAAUCCUCACCACAUACCACCAUUUAAGAUGCACAUACAACUCCUCACUAAUAACACCCGCCAACAAAUUGUUCUUAUGUUGGACCUCAAUAACACCCCCUUCGUCCAUUGAUUUGACCACAAAAACCGAGUCUUAUGACGACCACAAAAAUCGAGUCUUAUGACGACCAGACCCAACCCAGGCCGAACCUGAAAGAAUUUUUGAAAUGGUUUGGUUUGACUGGUCAAACUUUAUUUGGUCAAAAUCAUGAGUGAAUACUCAAUUCCCUAAGAGAGAAUUUUGAUGUUAUUCUCAUAAUAGAAUUUAUGGAAUUUAUGAAGAGUUUUGAUUGAAACUUCAAUCUAUAUAAAAUCAAAAUAUUUCAAACCGUUUACAAAAUUGAAAGUUAAAGGAAGAUGAAAAUAAAUAGCACAUUCAGAAAGCAUGAGAUAAAGGACCAAACAUAAAAACUGGAAAGUGGCAUUACUUUGUAUUUUCUUUUUUAAAUGGCAGAGCACCUCAAAGUCGAAACCUAUGAUUCAAACCAAGACAAUCUCCAAUAAAACUGUUAAAAUCACAAGUGAUCAACUUUGUAUUUGAAUGACAUUGUUACAAUUUGGUAGAUUUUUUUAAGUACAAUACUAUAAUUACAGAAUUUUGAUUGCAAAUCAGCUUCAUAACUAAGGAUUGAAUCAUCUUCCUGGAUUAUUCAACAAAAGAGUGAAGUCAUUUAACGAUGACUAAGGUAUGCUUUUACCCUUUUCCUUUUGGGUGUUUUUCCCUGUUUUUGUUUACAAUAAUUUCUGUUGUGCGCGUUUUCUAUUAUUCUACUUAUCGUUGUUUCCUUAAGAAAGUUUUUUUUUUCUUUCUAUCACCAUUUGUUCUUUCUCCUUCUGCAUGAGUGUUGCCUUUUACGUUAAUGUCUUCUAACAAACGGAAAAGAAGUUCUACCUCUGUUGCGUCGACAUCGGGUCGCUCAAGGAGGAUUUCAUUUCCCAUUAAUGAUGAUGUAUUGCCCGUUUAUUAUGAUUGUGGUGAUUGCUCUUGUGUAUGCGAAUUCUGUGGUGCUUUAUUUUGGUUUACUGAAAGAGUUCUUCGAUAUUCUCGAGUUAAUCACCCAUGUUAUACUCAUUGUUGUCGAUCAGGUGAUGUUCUUCUUCCAAAUCCUAUCACUCCACCAAAUGUGUUGUCUCAGUUUUUUGAAGAUGAUAGUUUUAUGCGCAAUGUCAGAGCAUAUAAUUCCAUGCUUUCUAUGACGUCUUUUGGUGUAAAGGUGGAUGAAGAAAUUAAUAAAAGUCAUGCUCCAUACGUCUUCAAGGUAUCUGGUCAGAUUUCCCAUUGGAUUGGGUCUCUUUGUCCACAAGAUGGUGGCCCCCACAUUUUUUACAGUUAUAUAUGUGUGAUACUGAGAAUGAGGUUGUUAAUCGAAUUCAUUCUUUUCGUGAAGACAACAACGUGGUCUUAUCUGUGGAUAUUGUUGCUUGUCUAAGUGACAUGUUAACUACAAACAACGAAUAUGUGCGUACUUUUAAGACAACAAAAGAAAUUUCGCAGUCUAUGAGUUUGGAUUCGUAUGCAGUUUGUCUAUUUAACACUUCCCCCGGCUGCCGGUACUUUGGGUUGCAUCGUUUGUGGAGAUGACGUUGGUGGUGCCUCCUAUGAUGGUGUCAUAUACUCAAAUACAGUUUUACCUCAACGUAUAAGUAAAUUACAUCCAAGUUACAUGCCUUUGAUGUAUCCCCUAUUAUUUACGUACGGUGAAGCAGGUUGGUCUCCGCAAUUUCAGAUACACAAUCAAUCUUCUAGUCGGGAUAAGAACCUGACAAAUAAUAUGUUCUACAGCUAUCAAAUUCAUGAUCGUUUAAGUGUUUACUCGCUUUUAUUAUGUGGUCAGCGCCUAUUUUAGCAGUAUUUAGUUGAUGCUUAUACAUGUAUUGAACAAUCAAGGCUAGAUUACAUUGAACAUCAUCAACAACAACUUCGUUCUGAGUAUGUUACUGGCAUUUAUGAUGCUUUGUCUAGAGGUGAUACUGAUACACAAGUCAUAGGAAGGCGUGUAUUUCUCCCCGCAUCUUUCAUGGGAGGACCUAGAUACAUGUAUAAGCAUUAUCAGGAUGCGUUGGCGAUAUGUAGGGUUCAUGGUAAACCGCAAUACUUCAUUACUUUUACCUGUAAUGUAAAGUGGCCUGAGUAUAGGCGAUAUACAAGUACUGUUGGUCAAGGUAAUAUUCAAGAUAGAUCUGGCAUUAUUGCUCGAGUUUUCCGAAUUAAAGUUGAUGCUUUGGUUGACUUCUUCAAGGAAGAUAAAACUUUCGGUGAAGUUGAUGCGCAUCUUUACACUAUAGAAUUUCAGAAGUGGGGCCUUCCCCAUUGUCGUUUGCUUCUUUGGGUUGCAUCGCCGUUUAAAAUAUAUGAACCCGCGGAUGUUGACAUAUAUAUUUCAGCAGAAUUGCCCGAUCCUACAACCAAGGUUGCAUUAUAUCGGACAAUAACCACCUGCAUGUUACAUGGUCCUUGUGGUCUGUUAAAUAUGGAUGUUCCAUGUAUGCGUGAUAAUAAGUGUAGUAAGCGUUUUCCAAAAGCCUUCACUUCGUCUACAACAUUUGAUGAUAACGGAUAUGUUCAUUAUAGGCGACGCGCUGGGGUAUGUCAUGUACUCCAAAAUGGCAUAAAAGUUGAUAAUGCAUACGUAGUACUCUACAAUAAGCGAUUAUGCACCCGUAUUGAUGCACAUAUAAACGUUGAACAUUGUGGCUGGAAUAUAAUGAUAAAGUAUCUAUUCAAGUAUGUUUCAAAGGGUGUUGAUCGUGUCCGUUUUGUCCUACAGCGAUCUAAAUCGACUGUUGACAUUGCUUCUUCCAGCAAAUUGCCUUUUGUCAAUGAAACUAACACUUUUUUAGACGGUCGUUACAUAUGUACACAUGAAGCUGCCUGGAGAAUUUUAAACUUCCCAAUUCAUGAACGUAACCCAACUGUGCAAGUUUUAGCUGUUCAUUUGGAUGGUAUGCAGACAACUAUUUUUAAUGGGAAUACACAACUAAGCUUAGUGGUCAACAAUCCUACUUUCGCUGUAACAACAUUAACAGAAUGGAUGUAGAACAACCGCAUAGAUAUACGAAGGGUCAAUUUAACAUAUUUAGAUUAUCCUACAAAAUUCUGUUGGAAUGCCUCAGCUAAAAGAUGGAGCCACAGAUUUAAAGCAAAUAGCUUAUCAAUUGGGAGGCUCGCAUAUGUGCACCCAACAGCAGGAGAGUUGUUUUACCUUAGGAUUCUAUUAUGUCACCAAAAAGGGUGCAUAUCAUACGAUGAUAUUCGUACUGUACGCGGAAUAACACACUCUACUUUUCGUGCGGCUUGUGAGGCUUUGGGUUUAACCGGUGAUGAACGGGAAUGGUUAGCAGCUUUUACAGGGGCAUCUUCUUGGGCUACCGCAAGUGAACUACGGUCUCUUGUUUGUUAUUUGCUUCUAUUUUGUGAGGUAGGUAGUCCAUUUCUCUUAUGGGAAUCUGCAAAAUCCAAAAUGGGGGAUGACAUUCAUCAUGAAUUAACUUUAGAGUCUCCUACUCCCGACUUAAAUUUACACGAUGACAUUAUAGAACAACAAGUACUGUUGGAAAUUCAGAAAUUGUUACUUGCGUCUACACCAUCUAGAUCCCUUACAGAUUUUGGCUUACCUCUGCCUUCACCGUCACUCCUUGCUGUACUUAGAAAUCGACUCCUCCUUGAAGAAACAAACUACAACAAAGAAUCACUAGCUUCUCAGCAUGCGUCUAUGGUUUUACAGCCAAAACCAGAUCAACUUAGAAUAUAUGAGGAUAUUGUAAAUGCUGAACAAAACCAAAAACAACUACUAUUGUUUGUAUAUGGACACGGUGGCAACGAAAAAACAAAUCUAUGGACUACAAUACUGUCAUACUUCAUAUCUAUAGGAAAAAUAGUGCUAGCUGUCACAACCUCGGGUAUCGCAUCCCUACUACUCCCUUCAGGACGCACUGCACAUUCUAGAUUCAUAAUUCCAACAGAACUUACAGAUAGAUCAUGUUGCAAUAAUAAAAAGAAAACCCAACUUGCGGAGCUGUUGAAAAACACUUCAAUGAUUAUAUGGGAUGAAGCUCCAAUGAGUGAUCGGCGAUGCUUUGAAUCUUUGGAUCGAUCGUUGAAAGAUGUACUCGAAAAUAACAAAUGUUAUUUUGGUGGAAUGUCAAUGCUGUUAGGCGGUGAUUUCCGUCAAACACUUUCCGUUCAACCAAAAAGCACAAAUUCACAAAUUAUAGCCCUAACUUUACCUAACUCAUAUUUAUGGCCUCACUUUACCGUUUACAAGUUACACGACAAUAUGCGUCUAUCUAAUGCAGAUAAUACAACUAUUCCUUCCUAUUCCUUAUCUGAAUUUGCUUCUUAUCUCCUUGAUAUUGGAAAUGGAAAUAUUGGCGUUCCAGAUGCAACCGAUCCAGAAAACACAAAAGUUAUAGAUAUACCUCCCAAAUUUCUCAUUGACACAACGAAAGGACUUCAAUCACUUAUAGAUUUUGUAUAUGGAUGUGAAAUAUUGGCAAACCCAUCACCUGAAAAUUUAUCGAGCCAUUAUUUGUCCGACAAAUGAAACCGCAGAUAAGGUGAAUGCUUUGAUCUCAUUGAAGAAUACAGGUCAUCAAAUUGUGUAUAACAGUUGUGAUUCAGUCAUCUCGCAUACACAAGACACAAUCAAAUUAGACACGUUAUAUCCACAAGAAUAUCUUAAUAAAUUAGAAUUUUCGGGGGUUCCAACACAUGAAUUGCUUUUGAAAAUUAAUACUCCCAUCAUGCUGUUAAGGAACAUCAACCAAAAAGAAGGUUUAUGUAAUGGGACAAGACUAAUUGUCUCCCAAUUAUUACCAUCCGUUAUCGAGGCCUUUAUUAUAACUGGAACUUCUGUAGGAAAGCGGGUGUAUAUUCCAAGAAUCAAAUUUGUACACAACACUUCCGAUUUGCCUUUCAUUUUCACCCGAAAACAAUUUCCAAUCAAAGUAUGUUACGCAAUGACCAUUAAUAAAAGCCAGGGACAAUCUCUAAAGAAAGUUGGGUUAUAUUUACCACGAUCAGUUUUCACGCAUGGGAAACUAUAUGUAGCAUUGUCAAGAGCCACCUCACCACAAUCAAUUAAAAUUCUAUUGGAUCCUGAAUGUGAUAUACCCGCAAAUACCACCAGAAAUGUCGCAUUUAAAGAUUUGCUAACAAAAGUUGAUAUGCAUGAGGUUUGCAUAUCAUCCAUGAUCUUUAAAAUUUUAAAUUGUACUAAAUUGAAUUACAUACACGUCACAUAUAUCUAUACUACAUCUCUAAAUUACAAUAUGGUAGACUAUACUAACUAUAUUUCAUGUUUACACAGUCAGAAACACAUGUCACUCGAAAUGGAUAGAAUUUCAAACCUACGCACCGGAUGCUUAGGAAAAAUGAUACAGGUGCGUGUGCUGCAGAAAUGGAAGCCUAACUUCAGAAAAAACGAAACAUGGUUCAUCAUCAUAGAUAAACAUGGGGGAUGCAAUUCAAGUACUUGGACAAAGAGCCGAUCAAUCAUAUGUUGAGUCUUCACUAUUUGUCUCCCAAUGUUACCAAAUUAGUGACUAUACAUGCACUAACGUUGAUCCAUAUCAAAAAUUCAUUUCCAACCCAUUCCAAAUAAAUGUUGGGGUUGCAUCAACGAUUGAGGAAAUACCAUAUGACGGUAGCAUUCCAAAAACAAACUUCCACUUUUGUUCAAGAUCACACCUAAAUGUUAUUGCCGACAAAAAUAUCAAGUAUCCAGUGCUGAAGACAUGCCAAUAAUUUUGUGGAAGGAGUGCAUAGAAUCUGCAGACAAGUUCAACCGAAAAGAACUGACAUCACACUCUAAUCCAGUAGUCAUAGCCCUUACCAAUAUGAAAGCCACAUUGUACACAGGUCAGUUCUAGAUUUUACCUACCUGCACUGUAAUUUUUACAGUUUCCUAUUUCCAACUCAUAAUUAUCUAUUCCAAAGCAACUUUGAAACUAACAUCUACUAGCGCAACACAUAUGUGUGUAAACCCCGAGAUAGCAAAAACACGAUCUCUAAUCCACAGAUUCCAAGGACAACUACCUGCACCAUCCACCCCAUCUGCUAUAGCAACAACUUUACAACAAUUCAACAGUCUGGAACACUCUCAAACUAUGGUAAGCUACAUGACUCUUACAUUUCCUAAUAUUACUAAUUGCUACAAACAACAUAUGCUAACAAAAAAUGAAUACAUAUGUAAGGAAUAACAUAUGUGGUAAAAGCAACAAUUUCUGACUUCACUUUUAGAGAUACUUGGUAUUAUGUCUGGUGUCCCAAAUGUGCGCGAUCAAUGUUCAAGAAAGGCGACGAGUGGUUCUGUACAACUCACAGAACAGCCAAUCAACCAAAUUUCCACUACAAAAUCGCAGCAAUUAUCGCAGAUGCAACAAACUCUACAACCAUCUUCAUGUCUGAUGAAGCCACACGUUGCCUCACAAAUACAUCCAUGCAAGAAAUGCUUAACAAGCACCCCGAUGACACCAAAAAAGUUCUACCCUCAACAAUUGAACAACUUAAAGGCUCAACAAGAACUAUGUUUAUAGAGUGCAGCAAAUCAUCCAGUUCCAGCAACAUCCUUUAUACAAUCACCAAAUUAACUACGUGUGAAAUUUCAGAAAACCCAACCAUAUCACCGCUAACAACGACAGUUGCGCCAGCAACAACAGAACACACCGGAAUCAACAACAUAGACGUGACAAUGCCUAAAAAAUCACGCAAAACCGGUAAACGCCUACCACUCGGUCCUCCAGUUGAUGUUCCAAAAACCUUGACUCAGAAACACAAAAAAUACAAGGACCAAGGAUAAAACAUAAUCUCAAAUGCAACCCUCAUACCCUGCGACACAACCCACUACAUUGUUAAUAUCUUAUCUACACAUCCAAUGACAUGUAUUUAUCUUUUCAUACAUCUUUGUAUAUCAAUGAAACAAAAAAUAAGAAUGGUGUUAAACUAUGUUAAAACAAUUGUAUCGUAUGUAUAACUGACAACCCUGGUGGUAAACUAUGUUAAAACACUUGUAUCUUAUGUAUGUCACAUA